AUGGAGGAAUCUACCAACCCUAAAGAAGAUUACAUGAUCAACAGUGAACCAUGGCUACAACAAACGGAUCAAACGCUCAGAAGAAAAAUCAAAUAUUAUUUUAUGAACCCAUGUGAAAAGUUUUAUGCACGCGGACGGAAACCCUGGAAACUCUGUUUACAGCUUGUCAAAAUUGUCAUAAUUACAAUUCAGUUGGUCUCAUUUGGACUCAGUAACCAGAUGGUCGUCACAUUCAAAGAAGAAAAUUUACAGACAUUUAAGCACCUGUUUCUUAAGGAUUAUGUUGAUGGAAGUAUGGACACAUAUGCAGUUUACAGACAAGCAGAUACAUAUGAACACAUUAACUAUGUUAUCGAGCAGUACAGACUAUUGCAUAAUACAACAGCCGGAAAUCACGAGUAUGAGAAGAAUGGCACUCAAUACACUCCACUGGAAAUAUGUCAAGUUUAUUACAGGAACGGUACAAUAUACCCAGGGAACGAGACAAUUGAAAUUGACGUACAUGUAGAAAAUGACUGCCAUAUUUUUUAUCCAACGUACCCAAAGUUGUAUGAAAGUCUCCCUGAUUUUGAAAUAUAUUUUAAAAGGAUGCUCUCAGUCAACAUUAAAUUUGUCCUUAAGGCUAUCAAUUUGCAGACAGUGCGACACAGGGAGUUACCAGACUGCUAUGACUUCAGUGUUUUGAUUACAUUUGACAACCGAGCUCACAGUGGGAGAAUAAAGAUCGACCUCGAUACAGAUGUGGAUAUCAAAGAAUGCAGAGAUUGGGAAGUAACCGGAGCUGCGGCCAGAAACAUGACCCUGACAGUGCUUUUCGACUGCCUCAUUAUUAUUACAUGCAUCACUUCCUUCAGCCUUUGUCUACGCUCUGUCCUCAAUGGGAUUAAUCUACAAAAGGAAUACAAUCAAUACAGCAUAAUGUACACCCAGAAAGAGCCGCCCUGGUCUGACAAGAUGGAGUUUGUGAAUGGGUGGUAUAUUCUCAUCAUUGUCAGUGACAUGUUGUGCAUCAUUGGCUCCAUCCUCAAAAUUGAGAUACAGACUAAAAUUCUUACCAGCUAUGACAUAUGCAGCAUCUUUCUCGGGACUGGAACCAUGUUUGUCUGGAUCGGAGUUGUCCGUUACCUGGGAUACUUCAGGAAGUAUAAUAUUCUGAUCUUGACCCUCCGGGCCGCCUUUCCUAACGUAAUCCGCUUCAUCGGCUGCGCCGGCAUAAUCUACAUCAGCUACUGUUUUUGUGGUUGGAUCGUCCUGGGCCCUUAUCAUGAAAAGUUCCGUACGCUGAACACGGUGUCAGAGUGUCUGUUCUCUCUGAUCAAUGGAGACGACAUGUUCCCCACCUUCAAAGACAUGGGGCAGAAGAGCAGCCUGGUGUGGGUCUUCAGCAGAGUCUAUCUCUACACAUUUGUAUCACUCUUCAUCUACAUGGUGCUCAGCCUCUUCAUCACCAUCAUCACCGACACCUACGACACCAUCAAGCAACAGCAAAAUGGAAUUCCAACGUCUGACCUGCAAAAGUUUUUGUCAGAAUGCAAUGAUUUACCAAACUCGGGUUUAUACAGACUGGAAGAGGACAGAAGGUGCUUUGUGGACUGCUGCGCUGAUCCCAGACUCUGGUUCAGAAAUCCACAAGAGCCAUCGGUGUCAGAUGCCUGA